AUGUCCGCGAACUCCAGCUCGUCCUCGGGUGAUUCGGAGACUGUGACCAAGACGACCAGCUCGAACACGAGCGAUUCCUGCACCUGGUAUGCUGGCGAGAGCUGCUCGCAGCCUCGGACAGGCUACGACUGCCUCAAUGUGUUGCUCUCGACGGACGAGUGCGCCAUCGACCCCAAUGGCGCCUGCGUCAGCAUGUCCGUCUACGAGGAGUACCUGGCCGAUCGAGCGUACUACGAGCCUCUGUCCUGGUACUUCCCGGCCUCCAACUACACGUACUGCAGUGCGAACGACUCGGUGUGCUCGACGUGCAUCGCCGAGUGGACUACCAACUACGAGACGACGGGGAGUGCCGGCACCAAGACGUACUGCACGGGAUCGGACGGCUGCGUGUGCGUCGCAGCGGCGGAGGUGCCGGAUUGGGAGACGACGGUCAUCGCAAACCAGUGCGAUGGCUCGAGCGCUAGUGCCGACAGUUCACAAGAGUUCUCGUCGGGUACGCGGAUCUGCAUCAUCUUGGCCAUGUGCAUCGGCGGCGUCAUGAUUUUCUCCAUUUUCGCGGUGCGGAGGUGCAUCCGGUUAGCUUCGUUUCGGGCUUCAAGAUCUGGCUCAGUGCUUCGUACUCCGCCGGGACCCCAACUCAGCUUGGCCGGUUGGAAGUCGCUGCGCGCGAAGCUUAUCGAGACGGAACAUGGUUUCGUCAGGGGAGACACAACCAGGCUGGACACGACAACUCGCAGUGCCGAGGCAUUGGCGGAGGCGCCUGCUAUCACUGUCGAGGUGUGCACCGUUGCUCCUCGGCGGCCAGAGUCGCCUCCACCAUACGAGGCCCAGUACAUGAUGGCUCCGAUGUAA